CGCCAUCUUAGAUGUUUGAUUCAGCUAGCUGUCAGUUUAGUGAAAAAAUUGUCAUUUUCCUUAAAUUUCCGAAAACGUUUCAAUAAGUAAAGUGGAAAGUGUUUAAAUUUUAUUUUGUGUUUUGUUGCAAAGAAAAAGCAACAUGACGCAGCAACUGUUACCUAUCAAGUUCCAAGAACAUUUGCAGCUUACCAAUGUUGGUAUCCAUGCUACCAACAUCACGUUCGCUAAUCUCACCAUGGAGAGUGACAAGUACAUCUGCGUGAGAGAAAAAGUUGGAGAGACGUCCCAAGUAGUCAUCAUAGAUAUGGCCGACACGGCCAAUCCCAUCAGACGACCAAUCACCGCCGAAAGUGCUAUUAUGAAUCCAGCAUCCAAAGUCAUUGCUCUUAAAGGUAAAGCCGGCGUAGAAACACAAAAAACACUUCAAAUAUUUAACAUAGAAAUGAAGUCAAAAAUGAAAGCCCACACCAUGUCCGAAGACGUAAUUUUCUGGAAAUGGAUCAGCCCCAAUACGUUAGCUCUAGUCACCGAGACUUCGGUGUAUCAUUGGUCCAUGGAAGGUGAUUCCACUCCACAGAAAAUGUUCGACAGACACUCUUCUCUUAACGGCUGCCAAAUCAUCAACUACCGUACAGAUCCCAAACAAAACUGGCUGCUACUGGUCGGUAUCAGCGCUCAACAGUCCCGCGUCGUUGGUGCUAUGCAACUGUAUUCAGUAGAAAGAAAAUGCUCCCAGCCGAUCGAAGGACACGCCGCUUCUUUCGCCACCUUCAAAAUGGAAGGAAAUCCUGAGCCUUCGACGCUCUUCUGUUUCGCAGUGAGAACUUUACAGGGAGGAAAAUUGCAUAUUAUCGAGGUUGGCCAAAGUCCAGCAGGCAAUCAAUCGUUCCCCAAAAAGACAGUCGACGUUUUCUUCCCGCCUGAGGCCCAAAACGAUUUUCCUGUCGCCAUGCAAGUAUCUGCUAAGUACGACGUCAUUUACCUGAUCACCAAAUACGGCUACAUUCAUAUGUACGAUAUUGAGAGUGGCACUUGCAUCUAUAUGAACAGAAUAUCCAGUGAAACCAUAUUCGUAACCGCGCCCCACGAAGCUACGGGAGGAAUAAUUGGUGUAAAUAGAAAAGGUCAAGUUCUAUCCGUCUCUGUAGACGAGGAGAGCAUCAUUCGAUACAUCAACACCGUCUUGCACAAUGCAGACUUAGCGCUGCGUCUGGCUACCAGAAACAAUCUAUCAGGAGCCGAAGAACUGUUUGUUAGUAAAUUUCAGAUGUUGUUCCAGAAUGGACAGUACGCGGAAGCUGCCAAAGUGGCUGCCAACGCUCCAAAAGGAAUAUUAAGAACUCCAGCUACAAUUCAAAUGUUUCAACAAGUCCCGACUCAACCUGGACAAAACAGUCCUCUUUUACAGUAUUUCGGUAUACUUCUAGACCAAGGACAACUAAACAGAUACGAAUCUUUGGAACUAUGUAAACCAGUCUUGUUGCAAGGUCGCAAACAGCUGCUAGAAAAAUGGUUAAAAGAAGAAAAAUUAGAAUGUUCCGAAGAAUUAGGAGACCUAGUCAAACAGGCGGACCCUACUCUGGCUUUAUCUGUGUAUCUUAGAGCUAAUGUACCUGCAAAAGUUAUCCAAAGCUUUGCUGAAACAGGCCAAUUCCAAAAGAUAGUCCUGUACGCCAAAAAAGUGUCUUAUACUCCCGACUAUAUAUUCUUGCUUCGCCAAGUCAUGCGCACCAAUCCCGACCAAGGCGCCGCCUUCGCCGGGAUGUUGGUAGCAGACGACGAACCUUUGGCCGACAUCAACCAAAUAGUGGACAUUUUUAUGGAACAAAACAUGGUGCAACAGUGUACUGCGUUCUUGUUGGACGCCUUAAAGAAUAACAGGCCUACUGAGGGGCAUCUACAAACCAGACUGUUAGAAAUGAACCUGAUGUCUGCACCGCAAGUGGCAGACGCCAUUCUCGGCAACAACAUGUUCACUCACUAUGACCGGCCUCACGUAGCCCAGCUCUGCGAAAAAGCUGGUCUUUUACAAAGAGCUUUGGAACACUAUACUGAUUUGUAUGAUAUCAAACGCGCUGUGGUCCACACCCACUUGCUUCCAGCUGAUUGGUUGGUUAACUUCUUCGGAACUCUCAGCGUGGAAGACAGUUUGGAGUGCUUGAGAGCCAUGCUGACGGCUAAUAUUCGGCAGAAUUUACAGAUUUGUGUGCAGAUCGCUACUAAGUACCACGAACAACUCACUACUAAGGCUUUGAUCGAUUUGUUUGAAGGGUUCAAGAGCUAUGAGGGUUUGUUCUAUUUCCUCGGCUCCAUCGUCAACUUCUCCCAAGACCAAGAAGUGCACUUCAAGUACAUUCAAGCCGCAUGCAAAACUGGCCAGAUCAAGGAAGUCGAGCGUAUUUGUAGGGAAUCAAACUGCUACAAUGCCGAAAGAGUCAAGAACUUCCUGAAAGAAGCCAAACUUACAGAUCAGUUGCCGUUGAUUAUUGUCUGUGACAGAUUUGAUUUCGUCCACGACUUAGUGUUGUAUUUAUAUAGAAACUCGCUGCAGAAAUAUAUCGAGAUUUAUGUGCAGAAAGUCAAUCCCAGCCGUUUACCGGUUGUAGUAGGAGGUCUUUUAGAUGUCGACUGUUCCGAAGACAUAAUCAAAAACCUAAUUCUCGUAGUCAGAGGCCAAUUCUCCACUGACGAAUUAGUAGAAGAAGUAGAAAAGAGGAACAGAUUAAAACUGUUGUUGCCCUGGUUAGAAAGCAGAGUACACGAAGGUUGUGUCGAACCAGCCACACACAAUGCUUUGGCUAAGAUCUACAUCGAUUCCAACAACAAUGCCGAAAGAUUUUUAAAGGAAAAUCAAUGGUACGAUUCCCGAGUUGUCGGACGUUAUUGCGAAAAGCGCGAUCCACAUUUGGCUUGUGUUGCUUACGAACGAGGCCAAUGCGACAGAGAAUUGAUAGCUGUAUGCAACGAAAAUUCUCUAUUCAAGUCUGAAGCGCGUUAUCUAGUCCGUAGACGUGACGGAGAAUUAUGGGCUGAAGUUUUGAACGAGAGCAAUCCUUACAGACGCCAAUUGAUAGAUCAAGUAGUGCAAACAGCUUUAAGUGAAACUCAAGACCCUGAAGAUAUUUCCGUCACUGUUAAAGCAUUCAUGACAGCUGAUUUACCAAAUGAACUCAUUGAAUUGCUCGAAAAGAUUGUGUUAGAUAAUUCUGUAUUCUCCGAGCAUAGAAACCUUCAAAACUUGCUUAUCCUUACAGCGAUCAAAGCCGAUGCUACCAGAGUUAUGGACUACAUCAACCGCUUGGACAACUACGACGCCCCUGAUAUCGCGAAUAUAGCCAUCAACAACCAUCUCUAUGAAGAAGCUUUUGCUAUUUUCAAGAAGUUUGAUGUCAACACCUCAGCUAUUCAAGUAUUGAUCGAACAAGUCAACAAUCUAGAUCGUGCUUAUGAAUUCGCAGAACGUUGCAAUGAACCAGCCGUAUGGAGUCAGCUGGCCAAAGCUCAACUGAACCAAGGCUUAGUCAAAGAAGCAAUCGAUUCUUACAUUAAAGCUGACGAUCCUUCGGCUUACAAAGAUGUCGUGGAAACCGCUUCGAAAAAUAAUAGUUGGGAGGACUUGGUGCGGUAUUUGCAGAUGGCAAGAAAGAAGGCAAGAGAGAGCUACAUCGAAUCCGAAUUGAUUUAUUCGUACGCCAAGACCGGAAGAUUGGCUGAUCUAGAAGAAUUCAUCAGCGGACCCAACCAUGCCGAUAUCCAGAAGAUUGGUGAUAGGUGCUUUGAUGACAAGAUGUAUGAUGCUGCCAAGCUACUCUAUAACAAUGUAUCAAACUUCGCUCGUCUCGCUAUUACUUUAGUUCAUCUAAAGGAAUUCCAGGGAGCUGUUGACAGUGCUAGGAAGGCUAAUAGUACAAGAACAUGGAAGGAAGUGUGUUUUGCUUGCGUCGAUGCCGAAGAAUUCAGAUUGGCUCAGAUGUGUGGUAUGCACAUCGUCGUACACGCUGAUGAGUUGCAAGACUUGAUUAAUUAUUACCAGGAUAGAGGAUACUUUGAAGAAUUAAUCGGCCUAUUGGAAGCAGCAUUGGGCUUGGAAAGAGCACACAUGGGUAUGUUCACCGAAUUAGCAAUUUUGUAUUCCAAAUACAAGCCCGCCAAAAUGCGCGAACAUCUAGAACUCUUCUGGUCUCGAGUGAAUAUCCCCAAAGUUCUUAGGGCAGCUGAACAAGCACAUUUGUGGGCUGAGCUAGUGUUCUUGUAUGACAAAUACGAAGAAUACGAUAAUGCAGUAUUGGCUAUGAUGGCCCACCCUACCGAGGCCUGGCGCGAAGGUCAUUUCAAGGAUAUUAUUACAAAAGUGGCCAAUAUCGAACUUUAUUAUAGAGCUAUUCAAUUUUAUUUGGACUACAAACCCCUGUUGUUAAAUGACCUUUUGUUGGUUUUGGCACCCAGAAUGGAUCAUACUAGGGCUGUUUCUUUCUUCACAAAAACAGGGCACUUACAGUUGGUUAAAUCCUAUCUCCGGUCUGUGCAAAAUUUGAACAACAAAGCUAUCAACGAGGCCCUUAACUCUCUACUUAUUGAAGAAGAAGACUUCCAGGGUCUGAGAACGUCCAUCGAUGCCUUCGAUAACUUCGACAAUAUCGGUUUGGCGCAGAAAUUAGAGAAACACGAACUGACCGAAUUCAGACGCAUCGCCGCCUACUUAUACAAAGGAAACAACCGGUGGAAGCAGAGCGUCGAACUGUGCAAAAAGGAUAGAUUGUUUAGAGACGCAAUGGAGUACACUUCUGAAUCUAGAAAUCAAGAAUUGGCCGAGGAGUUGCUAGCCUGGUUCUUGGAUAGGCAGGCCUAUGAUUGUUUUUCGGCAUGUUUGUAUCACUGCUACGACCUGUUACGACCCGAUGUUAUCCUUGAACUAGCAUGGAAACACAACAUUAUGGACUUUGCGAUGCCUUUCCUUAUUCAAGUAACUAGAGAACUGACGACAAAAGUAGAAAAGCUAGAACAAUCCGACGCCCAACGACAAAGUGAGGCUGCUGAAGAAACGAACAAGCCAAUGAUGAUACCAGAACCCCAACUUAUGCUAACGGCUGGCCCUGGCAUGGGUAUUCCACCCCAACAGUAUGUACCUCCCCAAGCUUACGCGCAGCCAGGCUACGCACCGCAAAUGGCUUACCAGGGAUACCCAGGCAUGUAAUAUAAGGCCCCAUUUACAGCCAACUGUAUAGGAAAGUGGAAUUAGUUUUCAAGUUAAACUGAGGAGCUAGUGCUAAGGACAAUAGAGAAGUUAUAACUAAAUAAAUAGCGGUUACAAUUCGUUUUGUGUAUGAACAACAUUACUUUCAAAGAGAAGAUGAAUAUAUUGAGGAGUUCCUUUUAAAAUUAUCUACAAGUAGGAGUUUGAUUACUUGGUUAAUUAAAAACGUUAUAUUUUUUUUGAGAUUACAAAUAACUGAAUGAUUGGAAAUAUUACUUAUAAUUUUACGUGAACUGCUCGAUGAAUUUCUCAAAAAUAGCAAAACAAAUAUUGGGUUUAUUGAAGUGUUACAGAAAAUUUAAUCUUUUAAAUCAGAUAAAUGUUUCAUGAUUUACUAAAAAAACUGUGUUAAGAUUAUUGCAAAAUGGUAUGGCAUUAUGAAAAUAAAGAUAUAAAUUUAUUACAAAUUAUCCAUUUGUAGUUGUCCCAUCAUUAUAUUUUGUUUUUUCCGUCCAUUGAAUAUAUUUAUUCAUAAAUGAUGUUCAAAAGGUUCUGUUGUGUGCUAUUAUGAUCUUAGCUAUAUCCAGCUUACCUUAAAUUAACGAAAUAUUGUGUUAUUGGUUGUCAUUACAGUAAUAUUUCCUUCUAAUGUCACUAAAUAUUUGUAAUAUGUGUUUAAAUUUCACUGUCUUAUGUCCCACCUCUACUUAGUCGUGCAUUUGAACUACUGUGUUUUAAUUUCUUUGUAGGUAUUCAUCCACAUAUACAUGACACGUUCGAACUUAUUAGAAUUUUUAGAAAAAGCUGUUCAAAAAAGUUGUAAAUAGAUUUGUUAGUGAAAAAUUAAUAAGUAAAUGAAAUAUUCGGUGUACUUCUAGGAUAACCACUAUAGACUGUAAGUUCUUUAAAGAUAAAAGAAUGUUACCAUAACUAAGGGUGUGACAAUCUAUAAAUAGCAGUGACAAGUAACUGUGAUAAAGUAUCAGAUGAUAUUUAUAUACUACAAUUUUUUAUUCUUCAAUAACUUUAUUUAUUAUAUUGUCUUCAAUUUUAACCGAUUAUUCAACAUAUUGUUUUUUUUUGUCCUAUUGGUCUUUUAUUGUUUUAUGCAAACUCUAACCAGUUAUUUGGAUAUUUUUAACUCACCAGCUGUCAAAAUAGCGUCGUAUCUAUAGAGUGACAACUGACAAUUGAAGUGUCAUUAUUAAAUAAUACUGUUCUGGCUUUUUUCGUUCCCAAUUCUAAUUCAUUUAGAUCAAUCCACUUUCUUUUUUAUUUUCCUAUCUAGGUAUUUAGGGGAUUUUAAAUCUACAGCUGUCAAAAUAGAGUCAUAUUUAAAUCCGUGUCCUCUUAAAUCUUUUAUAAUGUUCUAGAUAUAUCUAGUGUCAUUUUUAGGUCUGUAACUGAACACCUUGUUUUUGUUGCAGUUUAAAUUUAUAAAAUAGUUUGCUCGUAGCUCAAACAGUAUUUGUACCAUUUUCUGUUAGUAUUUGAAUGUAAGUGGAUUCCACAAGUGUUAUAACCCUCUCCAACUUUGAUAUGGAUCAGUUAUUGACUAAAAAUAUAUUGAAUUUGCUCUGUUAUUACAUAUAUCACCUUAGUCCAACUUUUUGUAUUAAUUUUCUUUUUGAUUUGAUAAAUUUAUUUGCAACAAAUAAUUCUAGCGAAGAAAGAACAAUUUUUCAACUUGGAUAUUGAAAAUAAACUAAUUUUACUUGCCAAACCUUCUAAUUUUCUUUCGUAAACUUGAUAUUUCUUCCGCUAGAAUAAUUUCCGUGAAAUUAUUUUAGAAAAUUGUCCCAAAUAUCCUCGUAAUUUAAUUUAAACUGGUAUUAUAGGCAAUUCAGUUUCCUUAUGGUCAAAACCUGGUUAUAACCUUAAAAAAGACAGCUGACGUGUCAUGACAUGACAAUUGACGUUUUGACGCUUCAAUUGCCAUCGAAGACCGUUGGUAGACAUGGAAGGAAAAAAUUUUCUGUAGCACAUUAUUUAAGCCCAAUCUAUAAAUGCUUAAACAAAUUCUAGUUAAAUACAAUCAAUCUUGUUGAACUGUUUGUUGUAGUUUUAAUUCAUUCGCAUCAUUUUCGGACAUUAGGCUUCGUUUUGACGGGACACUUGUUUGCUUUUUCAGUUGGAAAAUGUAUAUAUAUUUUUAUGUACUAGCACCUACUUUAGAAUGUAUAUAAUCUAAAGAAAUUAUUGUUUUCCGAGAGAAUUAUUCAAUGCGUUCUUUUGUUUGUUUUCUUUUUUUUAGUCCGUUUAUCAUUCCUUUAUUUAAACAUAGAUAUAUGUAUAUGAAGUGACUAUUUAACUUAUAUUAUUAUAUGAAAUAUAUGAAAGUGAUUCUUCAAUGUUUAAUAAAUAACUAAAUUGUUUUUUUAUCCAUUAUUAUUCUUAUUUAUGUUAAGAUUUUGCGAAUAUAUUAGUAAAUAUAUGUAAAGAAUC